CUUUAUACCUGGAUUAUCCGAAAGUGGAGUUUCAGUCAGGUGUCGGUAUUCUUCAGGUAUGUCAGUGAAGUUUGCUUUUUGAUUGUGCGCUGAGCGUCGUUAAUGCGAUCUCGCUGACGGUGAUUUUAGCUGUUGAUUUUGAUUCGAACAAUUUGAUUUUGUCGGUUCAGGACAGAUUUGUUAUCGGUGUUACGAUAAACAGUGUAGAAAUCGUUUAUUUUCGUGUUGAGAGUGAUAUGUUGGACAGAAGUUUCUGAUUGGGUCAAUUCUUACUGUGAAAUAUCUGGCACAAGGAUGCCCCGAAUCGAGGAGCUGCACCACUACGACACGGGCGGCUCACCCUUACGCUCGCCCCCCUCAAGCCCCAACAGCAGCACGGCCAACAGCAACAGCAGCAUGGCCGCGGGGGUGUCCAGCGGGAGCACGAGCCCCUCGUCCCCCCGGCCCCCCGAUCUAACGCCAUCCAGACCGAGCGCCUUCUCUCUGGUGUACCCUAGGGAUCAGAAGACCAAGGAGUAUCUGAGCAAUAUGGGCGCUCUUAUGUACGCCAACUCAUUAAGGCGCAGUAUUCCUACUUACCCCCCUUAUCUGUGGUACCCCCUUCCGGGCCUGUUCCUACCCUAUAGCCCAGCAAAUAGACCGGAGUCGCUGAGUCCGGAUCAAGCUACAUCCAGCGAUGCCGUCUUCGUACCUGAAAAGGCCAAAGUGGAGGAAGACGCUCCCCUCAACCUAUCCCUGAAGGGCCGAUCUAGAACCCACGGCAUAUGGUCGCCGGGUACCGUUUGCGAGCAGGAGAUGAAGGACGUGCAGCGGAAGAACUUGCUGGGUGCGAGCGGUACCACGGUCACUCCGGACAAGGUCCUGGAUUCGAGGCUACGCUGGGAGCAGGAGAAAGAAGGCCAGGGCAGGGGUAGCAGCAGCGGCUCGUCGCCGGAGAAGCAGUUUACGUGUCAACAAUGUGGCAAGUCGUUUAAGAGAUCGUCAACACUGUCAACGCAUCUACUGAUUCACUCGGACACUAGGCCGUACCCUUGCCAAUACUGUGGCAAGAGAUUCCACCAAAAGUCUGAUAUGAAGAAGCACACGUAUAUUCAUACAGGCGAGAAACCGCACAAGUGCGUCGUCUGUACGAAAGCCUUCAGCCAAUCGUCCAAUCUGAUUACGCACAUGCGUAAACACACCGGCUACAAGCCCUUCUCGUGCGGGCUGUGCGAGAAAGCGUUCCAGAGAAAAGUGGACCUGAGGAGGCACAGGGAGUCGCAGCAUUCCUCCAUUCCAGAGGUGGUCAUCGACAGCAUGUUCCGCGCUGUCAAUCAGCUGAAAGCCAGUGUGAGUGGCGUGAAUGGACUCGGUAAUGGUGCUUAAAACUGGAAAUCUGAGUUGUCCAGGUCGAGGUUUACAUAAAUGUUUUGUUUAAAUUGACGAAUUUACGAUUUACACAAGUUUGGUCUAAUUGAAUCUGUACAUGCCAAUGAAAUAUGGUUUAAGAUUUAUGGCGUUUUCAAAUAACAACAGGCAGCAGAAUUGUCAUAGUAGCUGCUGCAUUUUUUAUCAGAAAUAGAAUUACUUACAUACAAGGAAUACACAAACCUUGUAAAGAAAAGUAUCUCAUUAGUACGUUGAAAAAUUUACAUAAGUUCUUAUUUUAACUGAAGAAUUACACAGAGUAAAACUUAGUUUUCUUAUCUUCUAUUGGUCAGUGAAGCAAAUGGCAUAGAUUUAAGAUUUAUAGCAUUUUUAAUCGACACCCUCUAGCGUCAGUGACAACACAGGACUGUGUAAUCGCGCGUAAAGUUGGAAAUUUGAAUUUUCAAGGCCGCAGUUUACAAAAAUGUUUCUUUAAAUUAACGAAUUUACACAAGUUUGGUCUAACUGUAACUGUACAUGCCAAUGAAAUAUGGUUUAACAAGAUUUAGCGCGUUUGCAAAUGACAACAGGCAGCCGAAUUAUCAGAGUAGGUACUGAAAAUUGAUGAUUUGUGUCAAUGGCUACUACUUAAUUCUGCCUAAUUCUGCUACAUGUUGCCUACUAUUUAUUUUUAUCAAAUAUAGAAUUACAUCUACAAGAAAAACAAACCUUGUAAAGAAAAAUACGUUUUUAAAUUCUUUUGAUUCUCAAUAGGUUGAAAAAUUUACAUAAGUGUCUAUUUUGACUGACCAAUUACACAGAGUAAAACUUAGUUUUCUUGUCUUCUAUAGAUCAAUAAGACAUGGGCAUAGAUUUAAGAUGUAUAGCGUUUUCAAUCAACAACCAUCUACCGUCAGUGACAACACGAGACUGAGUAAUGAGUAAUGGCGCGUAAAAUUGGAAAUUUGAAUUUUCAAAGUCGCAGUUUACAAAAAUGCUAGUUUAAAUUGACGAAUUGACACAAGUUUGGUCUAGUUGUAUCUGUAUAUGCCAAUGAAAUGUGGUUUAAGAAGAUUUAGCGCUUUUGCAAAUGACAACAUGUAGCCGAAUUAUCAGAGUAGGUACUGAAAAUCUACAUUGAUGAUUCGUGUCAAUUGCUACUACUUCUGUCUAAUUCUGUCUAAUUCUGCUACAUGUUGCCUACUAUUUAGUUUUAUCAAAUAUAGAAUUACAUCUACAAGAAAAACAAACCUUGUAAAGAAAAAUACGUUUUCAAAUUCUAUUGAUUCUCGAUACGUUGAAAAAUUUACAUAAGUGUCUAUUUUGACUGACCAAUUACACAGAGUAAACCUUAGUUUUCUUGUGUUCUAUAGAUCAAUAAAACAUGGCAUAGAUUUAAGAUUUAUAGCGUUUUCAAUCAAUACCAUCUACCGUCAGUGACAACUCUAGACUGAGUAAUGGCGCGUAAAAUUGGAAAUUUGAAUUUUCAAGGUUGCAGUUUACAAAAAUGCUAGUUUAAAUUGACGAAUUGGCAUAAGUUUGGUCUAAUUGUAUCUGCAUAUGCCAUAUAUCUACAUUGAUGAUUGGUGUCAACUGUUACUACAUAAGUUUGCUGUACAUCUACAAGGAAAUCAAAUCUUGUAAACAAAAACACGUUUUCUAAUUCUUUUGUUGCCUGUGAAGUUAAUAUACAUACAAAAUUACAUAAAUUUUUAUUUUAACUGACGAAUUACACAGAGUAAAACUUAGUUUUAAU